AUGGGUCGUAUUUCAGAGAUUCGGGACGUCGAGUCGCACGAGGGCCAGACGCGCUCGGUGUGGCGUGACUGGGCAUCCAUAGUGAUAGGGAGCACAGUUGGAUACAUGUGUCUCAUCCUGAUCAUUGUGGGCUACUUUCAUCCGUCUCUGCUGCCCGUGAACCCGGUCGCGUUGCUCUUCAACAAAGAAGUGUCUCCAUUCUUUGCAUUUUCCCAAGGCGCAGGGUACUUCCCCAAGCCUGAUGGUUUCCAGAUCAUCGCUUUGGUGCCUUUCACCUACUUUGAGCGUACAGAGAUUCUGGACUGUUACUUGCGAAGAAACCUGGUCCAGAAUCAUGGAUUUCUUGACAAAGUAGUCUUCAUUCCUCAGACCGACGAUAAAGCCAGUCUGGAAUGGCUGUAUUCGAUCGUUUCUAGGACCGAAGAAUAUGCCAUUGCUCCUUCAGGCCAUGAGAUGGAUUGGAAGAUCGCGCAUGGUGAUAACAUGUAUAUCCGUAUCGACGGUGAUACUGUGUUUAUGGAAGAUCAUACAAUCCCCACGAUCGUGAAGACUAAACUCGACAAUCCUGACACCUUGAUGGUCUCUGCCAACGUCAUCAAUGAAGGAGCCUUAGCCGCACUUCACAGUCACCCCGGGGUUGCUCUUCCUUACCUUCCAGAACUAUACCACGUCGAGCAGCCAUCCCGUUCUAAAUCCCAACUUCGUCAUGAUUGGCGAGCCUCCAGUCUUCCUACUUGGGAAGGACCUGCAAGCUUCCGGGUGCGAAAGGGAUUCCAGCCUCCCUUUGAGGGCCACCGCUGGUUAUUGCCGGCGGAACCUCGAUCGGAUCGGGACCCCAUAUCAGCCUCCAUCUACACCCAGCUUGGACCCAAUAUGACCGACUGGACAGUCGCAGCGCAGCAGCAUUAUUCUUUCCUACGCCAUCUAGAGUCCAAGGAUCUCGCUCGCUACAAAUUCCCUUUAUGGGUCGACCCGGCCGAGCCCACCAGCAAGAACUUCGGAUGCUUCUGGGGCAAAGACGCAGGCGUUCUCCGCCGUAUCUUCGAGCAUGAAUUGGGCAGCGAAGAACUCCUUCGGAGCUGGACAGAUGCAGAUGGGAACAAGCCUCGUAUCACCAUCGAUGGGAAGGGAUUAGCGUCGCACUACUCGGCCUCUCAGGGCGCGUCCGGCCUAGACGCGACCGACCUUGUGGACCGGUAUCGGGCCUAUGCACAGGAGAGGGUUUGUCGAGACACGCGCUAG